AUGACGAGGGGGAGCAGGAGGAACUGUUGAAGAUUUAAAGGGGCCCCUUUGUCUCGAGCAUCGGGAUCUAUUCUCCAGCACUUGCUUUCCCCAACAUUCCACCGGCCUCAGUAUUGGAAUCUGCAACAAUCACCAAAGCUCAACGAGAUCAUAUAGGUAGCUUUCACCGCAUCCAUCCCAACUCAGAAUGUCGCUCAACAAACUCCAAAUCACGACCUGCCUCUGGUUCGACGGCCAAGCCUCGGAAGCCGCCAACUUCUACACCUCCAUCUUCCCCAACUCCAAGGUCGUGAGCACCCAGCACUACCUCGAGAAUGGCAAAGAAUUCCACGGCCACGAGCCCGGCACCGUUCUGACUGUCGAGUUCGAGCUCGACGGCCACCGGUUCGUCGGGCUCAACGGCGGGCCGCACUUCAAGUUCAACGAGGCCGUGUCAUUCCAGAUCGACUGCGCCGACCAGGCCGAGGUCGACUACUACUGGGACAAGCUGGGCGAGGGCGGCGACCCAGCCAAGCAGCAGUGCGGUUGGUUGGGUGAUAAGUUCGGCGUGUCGUGGCAGGUUGUGCCGACCGCGCUGAAGGAGAUGCUCGCGAGUGAGGAUAAAGCGGCGGCGGGGAGGGCGACGGAUGUGAUGAUGCAUUCGAGGAAGAUGGUGAUUGCUGAUUUGGAGAAGGCGUUCAGGGGUUAGGGGGGAUUAGCGGAGGCAUCUCAACUGGACUCGAGGAAGUGCGGAGGGGUGCUUGGAGGAUGGAACCGAAGAUUGUUUUAUGUUCA